CUACCAACCUGCUGGCGGCCUGGAUAUCGCGAGCGCCGCCGUGUCCUGCGGCGCCUACUUGUCCUUCUUCGCCGGCGUGCCCGUCGGUGUCGUGCCUGAUCUCGAGCGCCGACCACGACGUGUACGAGGAGCGGUGCGGUCAGGGGAACCCAGACAUAGUCGCAGUGGUCUUCAGCCCGACGCACCAGGCGCUGCAGGGUGUGGACCCGGAUCUGCUGUACAGGUUCAGGCGUGAGCCGAACGCGAGGGAGACGGUCGCUAUCCAGGACGCUCUCGUGCAGGUAACCGACCAGCUGUACUUGGACCGCGAGCGCGCUGCUGGCAGGCCGCGCGCGCUUCCCGCUGGUGGCUCAUACCUGGAGUUCGACUUCACCGCAGCCGCCCCUGGACCAGGCGUUCCUGGCGCAGGCCCCGCCGCUCACGCGCCCGCGGCCGGAGCCGCCGCCGGAGCAGCGCCUGCCGCGCCUCUGGUGAGCGUGGCCGGGGCCGGCGCCGUCGCCGCCCCUGCUGCAGGUCCCCUGGCGGCCGCCGCCGUGCCGGCCGCAGGCGCCCCAGCGGGCGCCGCCGGCGCAGCGCCGCCGGCCGCGGCAGGGGUGGUUGGGCCGCCCGCUGUGCUGGCCCCAGUGUGGGUGCUCAUCGAGAGCACGGGUGGUGGCAGUCGUGGCGAUGUUGUCCAGCUCAACGGGACCGAGCGGAUCGAAGGUGACAUCGGCCUCCUGAAGCUGAACGCAGGCUGGGUUGCCAUCCGUCGGAUCUCGAUGGACCCAUCGGUGUACCGAUGCGCGGAGAGCGGGGCGGACAUCAGGCUGCUGGGCGUAUUACCUCGACCCGACGGCUCCAGGCAGCGACUGGCUUGGCAUGAGGCUGUGCCGAUGAUGGUAGAGAAUCUCAUCCCGGGGUGGCUGCUCGACGGACCUCGGACCAUGCUCUGGUGCGCGCAGUUCAUCGACAGGAAGCGGAGCGGCCCCGUGGAGCACUACAACAGCUUCGUUGCCUUCUAUCAUUUCACGAAGGAGGAUUACGGGGUCGCUCAGUAUGAGAACAUAAUGAAGAUGAUCGAGCAUCUCGGGUGCUGGGAUCAGUUGAAUGUUCCCGACUUGGUCGGGGCGGAGCUGGCCAUUCGUGAGGCACAGCUGUACGAGUACAUCUACUCCAUGGAGUUCGAGGCGCAGCAGUCGAAGGGCUCCAAGGACGGCAACGAGGGCGACGGCAAGAAGAGGGGCCGAGGUCGGGGAGGAGGGCUCCACCGAUUCGGCAUCGUGGACGAGGCGGCGGUGCUCACAGGGGCGGCCAAGGAGGAUGGCCGUUCCAUGGUAUGCCCGCUGCUGCUGGAGCAUGUCUCCAAACAGGUGGAGCGCGACGCAGGCAUCCUGAACCAGAUCAGGUCAGUGCGCAGGCGCCUUGAGAAGCGGUCGCACGUUCACGGCAUGGUCGAGGAGAUGACCGUCGCGCUGAACGAACUGUGGGGCUGCCCGCCUGCGGCUCGCCGUCAAGCGCCCGCAGGCGCGCCGGUGCCAGCCGCUGGCCACGCCCUCGUCCUCUCGGAGCUCCGCCAGGCCGCUGCGAGGUUUGGCCCGUGCCCAGAGGGCUUGGACGGUCCAGGAGCCCUCGAGGAGCUCCGGAUAUCUCAAUCAUACGAGGGUGACGCCACGUUGGUUGCCCCGGUGAGCUUCGACCUCGUCGACUCCAUCUCAUUGCCUCCUGCUGGCAGCCAACCCGCCGCCCUGGAGACUAUCGACGAGAUGGCAGGCCAGAACAUCGCUCACCGGCUGAAAGAGUUACUCCUGCCCCGACAGCUGGGGAUGGAGCGCAUCAAGGAGGCAGGUCCGAGACGACUCUACACGGAGCCUGCCCCUCGCAACCCGCGCCUCUACGCGAUGGUGGUGCGGCGGCUAAUGAACGCUGGGCUGGUGGACUUCAGCAGCUCGGCGGAGCGUUACGUUGGCAUGUUCUUCGUGCGCAAGAAGAACAGGUCGCUGCGGAUGAUCCUCGACGGGAGGCACGCAUCGCUCAGGUUUGCGCCCGCGGACCCCGUGGAGUUGGCGACGGGCUCGGCUUUCGCUCAGAUCUCGGUCGACGGCGACGAGCCCAUCAGCAUCGGGGGCGUCGACAUCUGCGACGCGUUUUACCAGAUCGAGCUUCCGCAGUGGCUGCGCCGCUACUUUGGGCUGCCCAAGUUGAGGGCUGGCGACCUCGGGCUAACGCACUUGUCCGACGGUACGCCCGUGCGACCAUCGGCCUGGGUGGUACCGUGUUUCCGGUGCCCGCCGAUGGGCUGGAGCAUCAGCCUAUGGAUAUGUCAGAGCCUGAACGAGGCGGUGACCGCUCGUGCUCUUCUUGGCCAUUUUGACCGUCGACUUGUGGACCGUCGGCCCGCGCCUGACCUGCAGCAAGGGAUGGCGCAUGCGGUCUACGUCGACAACUUCAUCGCCCUGUCCCACAGGCUGCGCGAGGUGCGUGAUGCGGCUACUGCGGUGCAGAGGGAGCUAACGGCUUCAGACCUUCCCUCGCACCCCGCGGAAGCAUCAGUCGGUGGCGACACGCUGGGCUGGCACUUCGAGGACAAGCCCGUGAUCGGUCUCAGCGUUCGGCUGCGCUGGCGGCUUCGCCUUGGCAUUGGCGAGCUGCUGGAACGUGGCUGGUGCAGCGGUCGCACCAUGAUGAAGGUGAUAUCGCACUUCGCGUCGAGGGCGUUAAUUCGCCGAGAGCUGCUGAGCUGCCUAGGGGCCGUGCACGGCUUCAUGGGCGACGGCGGCCGCGAGAGGCGGCGGCUGACUCCGGCAGUGAGGCGGGGGCUGACCUGGUGCCGCGCGCUGCUGCCCCUGUGCUUCCGAGACGCCGGGCGGCCUCUGUCGCCUGUCGUGUCUUGCGCGGACGCCUCGUGGUGGGGCACAGGAGUGACAGAGAAGACCAUCACCUCGGAUCAAGCCCGUCGUCUGUCUAUGUUCAACGAGCGAUGGAGGUUCAGUCGUGAUGGCGAGCAACAGGUCGCCCCUCGGGACAAGGCCCUAGCCCUGGAGCGCAAGAAAGCUGACCGUAUCACCUCGUCAUGCAUCAAGCAAGCCUCGUCGGAACCCAGUCGCGAUCCAGCAGUCAUAGCAGCAGUUAUGGAGCAGCAGGUCCCGUUCCGAGUCGAGCCGAAGCCGAAUCAGGAGGAGGAGGUCACGUUCGAGGAGGUGCCGGAGGAGGCAGUGGGCCUCGGGGAGGAUGGCGGCGCCACUGUCGAUGUCGGCCCUCGGCUUCAUGGCGGCCCCUGCUGUGCCGGCGACGCGGGCUCGCGAGAGGCCGGCAGCGGCCCUGGGUGCUGCGGGUACUCACCAGUUGCAGCGCAGGCCGCGUGCGGCGCCGGGGGCUUCAGCGCGCCCGGCCGAGGCUUGACCUUCCUGGAGGAGCAGUCGGUGGGGGGCGCGACCAGGGCAGACUACCAGCGUCGACAGGCCGCCUUCAGCCUGUGGGCCUGCCAGCGGGGGCAUUCGCUGGCGACGCCGGCAGAGGUGGACAAGGCGCUGGCGCUGUUCUUCCACGAGGAGUUCCUGGACGGGGGCGAGAGCAGCGACGCGUGGAAGCUGAUGGCGGCUCUCGCCUUCGCGCGCUCGGACCUCGGGCCGCGCCAGGGGCGCCUGCCGCGGGCGGCGCGGGCAGCCAAGGGCUGGUCUCGCCUGGCGCCGCCUCGAUCGCGGCUGCCGCUCCCGUGGCCUGUGGUGCGCCUAAUCGUGGAGACCCUGUGCCGCAGGGGCCUGGUGGUGUACGCGUGGCUCACCGCGCUCACGUUCGGCCUCUACCUGAGGCCGCGCGAGGCGCUCGAUCUCGCGCAGUCGCAGCUCAUCCCGCCAGGGUUUACCACGGCCACGGCGAUGCACCACUGGCGCGUGGUCCUCCACCUGUUCGAGAGGCAGACCCCGUCCAAGACAGGCGUGUUCGACGAGGGCCUGCUGGCGGACUCAAGCUGGUCCCCGUGGAUGCCAAGCCGCGUGCAGGAGCUGCACCGCCGCACGCCCGCUGGCCACCGCCUGUUUCCCGUGACCUACGCGCAGUGGAACUACCUGUUCAAGGCCGUGGGUGCCGAGCUCGACCUGCAGGUCUUGAGCAACUUGACGCUGCACCAGCUGCGGCACGGCGGCGCGAGCCACGAGCUGUACGCGGCGGCGCGGCCUCUGCGCGACAUCCAGAAGCGCGGCAGGUGGGCGACCGACGCCGCUCUCCGGCGCUGCGCCAAGGGCGGUCGGGUGCAGGAGCAGCUUCACCGGCUGCCGCGCGCCCUGCUGCUCCGUGCCGAGCAGGCGUUCCGCGGGAUUGGCGCCACCCU